CUCCCCGGACACUCCCGGACACCUUCGGACCCUCCCGGACACCUUCGGACCCUCCCGGACACCCUCGGACACUCCCGGACACCCUCGGACCCUCCCGGACAUUUCCGGACACUUUCGGACCCUCCCGGACAUUUCCGGACACUCCCGGACGUUCCCGGACACUCCGGACGCUUUCGGACACUCUCGGAAACUUUCGGACACUCCCGGACACUCGACUGGUCUAUACUGGUCCAUACUGGUUUCUGUGCCCCCUGCAGGCAGCAUUGCCAAGCGUCUGAGCUCAGUGGGGGCCGAGAACACGGAGGAGAACCGGCGCUGGUACCGGCAGCUGCUCUUCACGGCCGACAAGCGCGUGGAGCCGUGCAUCGGCGGCGUCAUCCUCUUCCACGAGACCAUGUACCAGAAAGCCGACGACGGGCGCCCCUUCCCACAGGUCAUCCGAGACAAGGGGGCGCUGGUCGGCAUCAAGGUGGGCUCUGGGGACACCCUGGGGUGUCCCCGAUGUCCCCAAUGUCCCCAGAAUGGCAUUGUCCCCAUCGUGGAGCCCGAGAUCCUCCCGGAUGGUGACCACGACCUCAAGACGUGCCAGUACGUCACCGAGAAGGUGAGUGCCACCUGUCCUGUCCCCAGGACAGUGCCACCCGCCGUGCCAGGUCAGUGUCACCUGUGUCACCUGUGUCACCUGUGUGUGUGUGUGUGUGCCACGGCAACGGUGACAGCGCUGCGCAGGACAGUGCCACCCGCCGUGCCAGGGAUCACGUUUUUAUCGGGGGGUCAGAGCGAGGAGGAGGCGUCGCUGAACCUCAGCGCCAUCAAUCGCUGUCCCCAAUGUCCCCAAUGUCCCCGAGCUGUGUCUGGGCUGUCACAGCAAUGUCACAGCCAUGUCACAGUGAUGUCACAGUGUCACACUGAUGUCCCCAAUGUCCCCAGUGUCCCUGAGCUGUGUCUGGGCUGUCACAGCCAUGUCACACUGAUGUCACACUGGUGUCCCCAAUGUCCCUGA